CGGGCCGCUGCGCAGGUCCGGAACUGCGGCCGCAAAGGACGGCGGUGCCGCCAUGGCGACGGCUUUCAAAACAGUGGAACCGCUGGAAUAUUACAGGAGAUUUUUGAAAGAGAACUGUCGACCUGAUGGGAGGGAGUUGGGUGAAUUCCGAGCAACCACUGUCAACAUAGGUUCAAUUACAACUGCAGAUGGUUCUGCCUUGGUGAAGUUGGGAAAUACUACAGUAAUUUGUGGAGUGAAAGCGGAGCUUGCUGCACCUGCAGUAGAUUCUGCUAAUAAGGGAUAUAUUGUUCCAAAUGUAGAAUUGCCAUCUCUCUGCUCAACGAGGUUUCGCUCCGGACCUCCUGGUGAAGAGGCUCAAGCAGCAAGCCAGUUCAUUGCAGAUGUGAUUGAAAAUUCACAGAUAAUAGCAAAAGAAGAUCUGUGUAUUGCUGAUGGCAAGCUUGCUUGGGUGUUAUACUGUGAUAUCAUAUGUCUGGACUACGAUGGGAACAUCUUGGAUGCCAGUACCUUUGCUUUGUUAGCAGCACUGAAAAAUGUGCAGCUGCCGUCUGUGACUAUAAAUGAAGAAACUGGUUUGUCCGAAGUUGAUUUCAAGCAGAAGAAUCCCUUGGUUAUCAGAAAGCAUCCAGUUGCCACGUCGUUUGCUAUAUUUGAUGACACAUUACUCAUUGUGGACCCAACUGCUGAAGAAGAAGACUUAGCAACUGGAACAGUGACUGUUGUCACAGAUGAAGAUGACAGACUUUGUUCUGUCCACAAACCAGGUGGAAGUCCUCUGACAGGAGCCAAGCUUCAGGACUGUAUCAGCAGAGCCAUUACGAGACACAAAGAAGUAAAGAAGCUGAUAGACAAAGUAAUAAAAAGUAUAAAGCCCAAGUGAACAAAAAGAUCUUUUCAAAAGUGGAUUUAUAAAAAUUGUAUUUGUUACGGUGUUCACAAACCUUUUUAUACUAAAUAAACAAAUACUAAUACUACA